AACACCAACGAAGAAGAAGAAAACCCAAGAGGAAAAACGGCUCGCGAUCUUGGAGCAAGUUCAUUGGCAACAACCUGCUUUCGUCGCUUUCAUGGCUUUCCUCUGCAGAAGUGCUGCUUCGCUCCUGAAGCCCUCCAGAGCAGCGCCGGCCGUCCUGUCUGCUGCCCGCCUCUACAGCUCAGGUGGUCAGUAUGAGUAUAUUUUGGUGGAAAAGCGAGGUGAGAAGAGUAAUGUGGGUUUCAUUCAGUUGAACCGGCCUAAGGCUCUCAACGCUCUAUGUGACGGGCUGAUGAAGGAGGUGGGAAAGGCCCUGGAUGCCUUUGAAGCUGACGGCGACGUCGGAGCUAUCGUCAUCACCGGUAGUGACAGAGCCUUUGCUGCGGGGGCGGACAUUAAAGAGAUGCAGAAUCGAACCUUCCAGGAGUGUUAUGGUGGCAACUUCCUGGCUCACUGGAACAGAGUGUCCACAGUGAGGAAGCCUGUGAUUGCAGCUGUCAAUGGAUUUGCUCUGGGUGGAGGCUGUGAGCUGGCAAUGAUGUGUGACAUCAUCUAUGCCGGAGAGAAGGCGCAGUUCGGCCAACCAGAGAUCCUGUUGGGGACCAUUCCUGGGGCAGGUGGCACCCAGCGGCUGACCCGUGCGGUGGGCAAAUCCCUGGCUAUGGAGAUGGUACUUACAGGAGACAGAAUUAAUGCGCAAGAUGCCAAGCAAUCAGGUUUGGUGAGUAAAGUUUAUCCUGUGGAACAGCUGGUGUCUGAAGCCGUUAAAUGUGGGGAGAAAAUAGCUGCCAACUCCAAACUGGUCUCUGCUAUGGCGAAAGAGGCUGUUAAUGCAGCUUAUGAACUGACUCUGGCUGAGGGUAAUCGUCUGGAAAAGCGCUUAUUCCACGCUACCUUUGCUACGGAUGAUCGUAAAGAAGGCAUGACUGCAUUUGUGGAGAAGAGAAAGGCCAGUUUCCAGGACAAUUAGAAAAGAGCAGAUCAAGAGCUCGGCCAUGAUCACAGCGUUCCUGACAUCAGUGGGUCAUUUCCUUAUCUGCAAUAAGUUGAAUGUUGCAAAAAAUCCCAAUGGUAGUGGAACAUACAAGCUGUUAAAUUAGGAUUUGGCACUGAGUGUGUGCACAAGAGUGUCUUAUCACAGUGAUGCCCUGCCUGCUGAGGCUCAGUAUCAACAGUAAAUUCAGUCUGGGUGCAGGGGUUUGUAUGUGAAUACCAUGUGAUAACCGUGUUAUAGUCAGCGUGUAAUAGGAGGAAUCAGUCUUGAUGAUUUGUACUGAUCUUGCCUUUUCAUUUUCACUGUCAAAUGUUUGUCUGCAUUUUGUAGGCAACUUAUUUCUGUGUACAUUUUACAAUUAAAGCUCUAGAGUGGUUUUCA